UUUGCUCUGCGAGUAUUUAGUGGAAGAAGAAGAACCGCGGUUUGUUUGUUUCUGUCCUGACGUCUGCAUCGCAGAACCGAAUCCCGCGAUGGAAGUCCCCGGUUCCGACAGCGACUGGAGGAGCACGCAGUUCCGACAGAAAGUGGUCGCUCAGAUUGACGAUGCCAUGAGGAAGGCGGGGCCCGGCACCACCGCGCACAAGUCAGGCACGGACAUGGAGAACCAAGUCUACAACAAGGCCAAGACCCGAGACGAGUAUCUUUCGCUGGUGGCGCGGCUCAUCAUCCACUUCAGAGACAUCCAUAAGAAGUCUCUGGGGGGUCCAGAUCCCAUGAAUGCCCUGACUAACCCAACAGGGGGUGGAGUGGGCUCUGGCGCCAUCGGAAUGGGGCCUCGCCCUGCCGGGGCUCAAAUGGGGAGCAUGGGGGCCAUGGGGGCCAUGGGGCAGCCAGGCCAGCAUGCCAUGGCAGGGGUGCCUGGAAACCCACAAGGCAUUCCAGCGCAGGCCCAGAUGCCCAUGCAGCAGAUGAUGCAGCAGCAGCAGUUCCAGCAGUUCCAACAGCAGCAACAGCAGCAGCAGAACGCCGCCGCCAUGCAGCAGUUACAGCAUCUGAGGGCGCAGCAGCACCAGAACCAGCAGCUGCAGCAGCAGCACCAGCAGCUACAGCUCCAGAACCAGCAGCUGCAGCAGCAACAGCAGCAGCACCAGAACCAGCAGCUGCAGGCGCAAAACCAGCAGCAGCAGCAAAACCAGAUGCACCAGGUGAGGAUGCUCCAGCAGCUGCAGCACCACCCUCAGGCCCAGCCUCAGUCCAUCCAUCCGAUGGGACAGCAGGUCCAGGUUCAGCCGGCGCCGGGUCCCAUCCCCCCCCACUCCCAGCAGCUGCAGCAGCCCAACAUGGUGUCCUCGUCUCUGGUUGGCCCGAUGACAUCCGUGCCGCAUGUGCCCACCUCCCUGAGCCAGCAGCAGCAGCAGCUCAAGGCCUUCCAGCAGGCCCGUGCCACCAUGCAGCAGCACCACCCGCAGAUAGUGACCCAGUCCCAGCUUUCCGCCGCCGGUGCUGCACCUGGACAGCUGGGUCGCCCCACAAUGCAGAAUCUGACCCGGCCAACCCGGCCCGUUCUCAACCCGCCCAUCCCCCCAAACGCCUCCGCAGCCCCCACCAGCGCGGUUGGAGGACAGGCGAUAUCUGCUCAGGUGCAGCACACCAUGAUAUCAUCGCCGUCACCUGUGCAGGUGCCAACGCCACAGAUGCCACCGCCCCCUCAGCCAUCACCCCAGCCCCCCACCUCACAGCCCAACUCAGUCAGCUCCGGCCCGACUCCCUCCCCAGGAGGAGGAUUCCAGCCCAGCCCCUCCCCUCAGCCCUCCCCCAACACAGCCACCUCCAGCAGACCUGCUCAGAUCUACAGCGUUCCCUCUCCAGGUCCACUCAACACUCCAGGUAACCCCGGCUCUGUGAUGAGUCCUUCAAUGGAGGACCAGCAGUACAUGGAGAAGCUGAAGCAGCUGUCCAAAUACAUCGAGCCUCUUCGCCGCAUGAUCAACAAGAUCGACAAAAACGAAGACAGGAAGAAGGACCUGAGUAAGAUGAAGAGUCUGCUAAACAUUUUGACCGACCCAAACAUCAGGUGUCCUCUGAAGACGCUGCAGAAAUGUGAGAUCGCCCUGGAGAAGCUGAAGAACGACAUGGCUGUGCCCACCCCCCCUCCCCCACCCAUGGCCACGAAGCAGCAGUACCUGUGCCAGCCUCUGCUGGACGCCAUCAUCACCAACAUCCGCUCGCCGGUCUUCAACCACUCACUGUACCGGACGUUUGCCCCCGCCAUGAGCGCCAUCCACGGGCCGCCCAUCGUCGGCCCCAACGUCCCCGGGAGGAAGAGGAAGCUGGAGGAAGACGAGCGGCAGACCGUCCCCAACAUCCUGCAGGGGGAGGUGGCCCGCCUGGACGUCCGCUUCCUGGUUAACCUGGACCCCUCCUUCUGCAGCAACAACGGCACCGUGCACCUGCUCUGCAAGCUGGACGACAAGAACCUUCCCAGUGUUCCUCCUCUGCAGCUCAGCAUUCCUGCAGAUUAUCCGGACCAGAGCCCGCUCUGGAGCGACGACGGCGAGCAGUACGGUGCCAACAGCUUCCUGCAGAGCGUGCACCAGAACAUGACGUCCAAACUGCUGCAGCUGCCUGACAAACACUCGGUGACAGAGCUGCUCCACACCUGGGCCCAGAGCGUCCGACAGGCCUGCCUGUCUGCGGCCUGAAGCCCCGCCCACCCACCGGCGCAGGAUUCUGUCAUGUGACUGCCUCAAUGCAUUCUGGUUAACUGUUCUGAAAUUGAUUGUGUUUUUUUUUGUAAUUCCUGGGGGAGGGGUUAAUAAAACUCUUCCUCA